AUGUCUCUGAGGCCAGUCUUCCUCAUCACGGGCGCCUCCUCGGGCUUCGGCGAGGCCAUCGCGCACGAGGCUCUCUCGCGUGGGCACCACGUCAUCGCCACGGCGCGCAACGCCGCCAGGUUGAGCGCUCUGCGGUCGGCGGGGGCGACCGUGUUCGACCUGGACGUGACGAGCGACGACGCGACGCUGGCGGACAUCUUUGCCAAAGCGCACGCCGUCCACGGGCGCAUCACGCACGUUGUCAACUGCGCGGGGUACCUCCUGGAAGGAGCUGUUGAGGAGGCCAGCGCCAAGGAAGUGUUCGACCUCUUCAACACCAACGUGCUCGAGACAUGCAACAUCGCCCGGGCUGCGGCGCCGUACCUGCGCGAGUCGGCCGGGACGCCGGGGCAGACGGCGGCGCUGGCGACUUUUGGCUCUCUAGGAAGCUGGUGGUUGGGGGCGGCGGUAGCCCAUUACUGCAGCACCAAGUUUGCCGUGAGUGGGCUGACCGAGGGCCUUGCGGAGGAGCUGCGACCGUUUGGGGUGGACGUCUACUGCUUUGAGCCGGGAUACACGCGCACAGGGUUCUUGAAGAACGGGGCGGCCGACGGCGGGGACCACCGGAUCAAGACGGCGCGCCGGAUGGAUGUAUAUCACGAAACCGAGGCGGAGAAGAUGCGCGGCGCCAUGGACGCCUACAACGGAAAGCAGCCCGGCGAUGUUGUAAAAUGCGCGCACGUCAUCGUCGACGUCUUGACCAAGGAAGGCGUUGCCAAGGGAAGAGAGGUGCAAGUGAGGGUCGUCCUCGGGUCCGACACCAUUGAGGCGGUGCGAGCCAAGUGCAAUGACACACUGAAGCUGGUCGAGGAGUGGGAGGACAUUUCCAGGUCGGUUAUGCACUGA